AUGGAACCGGCUUCGACUCCCGCCGCCGUGACCACUACUAUCACCAACUCUUCAAUCGCUUCUCAGAUUCGACCGAUCGACUCUCCCAGGCCAAUGACCCCAUCAAGCCCCAUGUUCGAAGCCGCGACCGCCUUUGACCAACCUGUAAAACUCAAAGGCCGCCAUCGACUCCUCCAGGGCCUGCAACGCAUGUCCUCGUCUCCCUCCUUGGCCAAGCUGGGCCGAACUCGUUCGAGCGAGAAGGUCUAUAAGUCUGGCCAGAAAGCCUCCAUCUCCUGCGUCUCAUUGAAUUCUCCAGUGUCGAGUUACUCCCUAUCACCUCCGAAUUCCUCUACGUCGCCACUGUCCAACGGCUUCUCCACCGCACCCACCACCCCCGGCUCGCCCUGCAGCCAGCAAUCCUACUUCGAAACCAAUGCCCGACUCCGGCCUUUGGAUCCCACCGAAAUCACCACGGUCUCGGUUCCGGUCGAUGUUCGAGCAUCCAAACCUCUGUCUGCUCCUCUUCCUGAGAUCUCCGAGAGGCCGUUCCCUCGACGGCCGAAUUUCAAUUUCUGGAAAGAUCUGCCGCAUGAAUUGCGAGUCCAUAUCCUCCGCUUUUUGUCUCCCAAGGAGAUCAUCAGGGUAUCCGCCGUGAGCAAAGAAUGGCAUGAAAUGUGUUUUGACGGACAAUUGUGGACAAGCCUCGAUUGCCAGACCUAUUACCAGCAAAUCACCUCGGAUGCGUUGAUCAAGAUCAUGCUGAAAGCCGGUGCGUUUGUCAAGAAUCUCAACUUGAGAGGAUGCGUUCAAUUGCGAGACCAAUGGUUGAGUCUCGGAACCAGGAUGACGAAUCAAGAGUGUAGGAAUCUUGAGAACUUCAGUAUCGAGGGCUGCCAGAUUGAACGCUCUUCCAUUCAUUUCUUCCUCCUGCGGAAUCCCCGACUACUACACAUCAAUAUGCCAAGCAUGCAAAACAUCAACAAUGCCACCAUGAAAAUCAUUGCCUGCCAUUGCCCACAACUCGAGUUGCUCAAUAUCGAUUGGUGUUCUCAAAUAGAUACCAAAGGUCUGAAGAAGGUUAUUCAGUCUUGUCCCAAUCUGACCGACCUAAGAGCUUCUGAGGUGAGGGGGUUGGAUGACAACGAUUUCAUGCUCGAACUGUUCCAACGAAACGCUCUGGAACGUUUGAUUCUCCAACAUUGUGACAGCUUGACCGACGACGCUUUACAGAUCAUGGUUCAUGGUAUUGAACCCGAGCGAGAUGUCUUGACCGAUCGCGCGGUGGUACCCCCACGACGACUUCGACAUUUGGAUAUUUCAAGAUGCCGAAGCCUGACCGACCGGGGUGUAAAAUCGCUGGCAUACAACGUCCCAUACCUCGAAGGCUUCCGACUGUGUCAGAACACCGCCUUGACGGACGACGCCUUGGAAGAUCUCUUGCAAAGCACAAAGCGGUUGACGCAUUUGGAGGUGGAAGAAGUGGAGCUUCUCACCAACGCUACCCUCAUCAAUUUGUCCAAGUCCCAAGCGGCCAAAUCACUCGAACACUUGAGCAUCUCUUACUGUGAACAGAUGGGUGACAUCGGAGUAUUGCCUCUCCUCAAGGCCUGUCCCGAAAUCAAGUCCUUGUGUCUAGACAACACCAGGAUCUCCGAUUUGGUGUUGAUGGAAGCCUCCGAACAGGUUCGCAAACGUGGCAGCACCACCAAGAAAUCCCAACGCCCUAAGAAGGGCCUCGAACUGGUGGCUUUCGAUUGUGCCAAUGUCACUUGGGCCGGUGUCAGAGAGAUCCUGCAAGGAAAUGGCCGUGUGAUGCAAGGUCGCAAGAAAUCCGUUGUGCAAACACAAAACAUCGAGGGUGAAAAUGGAGAGAAUGUUGAGACCAAAAAGGUCAUUGAAAUCCAGACCUUGCUUUAUCCCACCCAAGUCAUUCAUCUCAAAGCUUUCUAUGGUUGGCAACAAACAGUAGAGGAGCAUUACAAGCGAUGUACGACUGGCCGAUGGGGUGCGGCAGCCCGGCUGGAGAGCAAGUGGGCGGAAUGGAUGGUGGCCAGUGAAGAGGUCGGCGUGAUCGGCCAUGGUUGGAGCUCGAGAAGGAGAAGACGACGGGCUCGUGAAGCGGAAAACAGAGUCCGAGACGACGAAGACGGCGUCGCCCAUGACACCGGAACUGGAGAUGAAGAUGGGAGCGGUCUAGAAUUUGCUGCAGGACGAACUCCCAGAGGUGGUCGUCGCCGAGCCAGGAGUGGUGGAUGUGUGGUGAUGUGA